AUGUCAUCAAUUCAUUUUAAACUUUGGGCUUUGGUUCUUGAAAACAGUUACCUACAAUAUACUUGGACAUUUCACGCAAAACAACAAAACUACUCUGAUUUAAGAGAAUUCUCUUCGAAAGAAGUUGAGGAUCUAUUGUUUGAAUACAGCAGAAAUAACCCUGAUAUCCAGGAGUGCGAAAAUCCAAAUAAACCAAAUACAAUAAUUAUUCAAAAGAAGCUUCAAGAACGUAGACGAAUACUUCGUGUGGCUGUCGAUAAAAAUACUAAUCCUUGGACGGUAGUGACUAGCAGCGUGGGAAAUGAUACUGGAAAGACAAUUGCGGUUGAAGAUGGGAUGAUUCAGUCACUGGCAUAUGAACAUAUGUCUAGUGAUUAUCCAAUUCCUGAACAACUAAUUUCAGAAAUAAAAUCCGUGCAUUUUUGUUGUUCCUUACUGUUAUUAUUUCGUUUGUCUGACUUGAAUUAUCUUAAAAUAUUUAAGAAAAGGACCAAUUUGAAAGAACAAAAUGAUGCAAAAAGCAAACCUAGCACAGAUGUCAAUUUAAGUUUAUGGACCAAUACAAAUUACGAAUAUUACGAAGAUGCGGAUAUUUUAUCGAUUUUUUUUACGAAAAGAUCCGACGUUGUUCGUGACAUUUGUGAACAUAUCGACAAUUAUCUCAUUGGUUAUGUUCCUAUCAACAAGAUAAUUUCAAUUGAGAUGUUUGAAGCAUCGAAUUUAAUGUAUUGUCACUUAUUUGAUUUUAAUGGUAAUAUGAAUAACAAGCCACCCCUCCGUCUUUACUCUAUCUAUCGUGAAGAUUACGACGAAUUAAGUGUCUAUUUUACUGAUACUAUUCCAUCUAUAACGAGAUUAAUGAAAAUCGAGGUGGAAGAAGAUCUUAUUUUGCAAGUGGAUGAUGAUAUGAAACUCGUGGCGGUAAUAUUUUGUAACGCAAGUAAAAGAAUAGCGCGGGAGCUCUCAAAAGAAGACAGUGAUCGAAUUCGAGAGGAUCUUAAGUUGAGCUUCGAAAUUCUGAGGGCAUCAAUGAGAUCACGCAACAAUCUUCUUAUACCAGAAUUAAUGUGA